AUGGCGACAUUCGCCCCUCCCGCCCUCCGUGGCGACUUCCUCUACUCAUCCGUCCUCUACGCAGACCCUAGCAACGGAAACCUCCACGGACGCGCGAGUGUCGCCGAACUUGCGGCUCUCCUCCGCCCGGAAGCCCCUAAUCUCUACAACAAGGGUCGAAAGCCUGAAGUCGCGACACCAGCGAAAGACCAGGUUUGGCAUUUCUACUCCGCCCAACUUAUUCACUAUGGACUACCGGUCACCAAGGACAAGAAUGCGGCGAAAGUGCGACUCCUGAAUGCUAUGAACCAGUUCAAACUUGAGGUACCAGCGUGGGUUUUGAAGGUCGAGAGCGAACUGAAGGCUGAAUGGGAGGCGGAGAACCGGAAGUUGAAGAAGAAGAAUGGUGGUGCAGUGAACAAGCAGGCGCCUAAGUCGAGCGCUACUAGCAAGCCAGGUCUUGGAAGCUCUCAGGGUGUAAAUGGCGGUGUCAACGUCACUGGAGGAGCGUCACUUAGCCAGUAUAUGGACGCGCAGCAGGCGAGCAACAACGCCCCAGAGAAGCCAACGCCAGCGAAACGCAAACGCGCUGGUAGUACCGUCUCUAGCCCGGUAGCGACACCACAGAAAGUCGCCAGAGUCAAGAAAGAGCCAGCGCCAAAGAAAACACUCGUCAAGAAGGAACCGACCGCCAAGCGAUCUGUUCCCAACAUUAAGCAAGAGGGCCGCACGUCCGCGCCACCAUCAACUCCCUCACGAUCUCGCAUCAAGCAAGAGCAGUACCAGCCCAGCCCCGACCGAAUGUACCCAUCGCCCUACAUCAAGUCCGACCCAUACCCGGACUACUACCAGCCUUCGUCAUCCCUUCUCCUCAGCGGUACCUACUCCAUCUCCUGCGAAACCGCCAGCUCCAUCUUCAACGACUACAACUUCGACCUUACACUCGCCCGCGACCCCUCCCGCGGUAUCUGGUGGGCGACAUUCCGCUGGGGCGCCUGGGACGGAAUCAUCCAGAUGAACCCCGGCCCCGGCGACUCUGAUAGUUUAGGUCAACCCUGUUCGCUUGGCUGGCGUCUUCGCGAUCUGGAAACUGGACAGUUGACGUUUGGUCGCAAGUGCACGGGUUAUAUGACGUUCUCUGGUGAUGGGUCGAUGGAGGGGUGUUUGUAUGAGGUGCCGGGUGUUGGGUCGUUGACGUUCGAGGGUAUGAGGGUUUCUGGUGGGAGCUUAGAGGAUGAUCUUAAGGGGGAGUGGGAUAGGUUUGUUGCGGAGGCUUAUCGGCGCUGA